UCCUGGCAGCCUGCACGCUGCUUCCUGUCACAUAGUAGUAGGCUGCUUCUUUUUAAGGGGGGGAAAUAUUAUAAAUCAACAAACAAUAUAUUGUGCGGGAUUAAAACGUGCGCCGGGUCAAUGUAUAUAGACGCGUUCAAACGGAUCCUCUUUGAAAGGCUCACCUGCUUGAAAAGAAUGUGUGUGUGUCAGCGCCAAGGCAGCUCAUUUGCCAUGUCUAAGACGGUGGCAAAAAAGCAGCACUGGCGUUCUAAGAUGCAGGACACCUUUGUCCCCUUGAUAGGCUCAUCUGGGGAUCUCGGCAUCGCCAUUGGAGGAGGAGCAGAUUAUGGAGAGUUUCCUUUUGUCACAGUGGCUCCUGGGGACACAAUCACAGUGGGCGACAUCAUUCUGGAGAUUGGUGGAACACCCGUAUUGGGCAUGACUUUAGGAGAUGUACGAGGUGUCCUCAACUCCUGUCCACACCCUGUCCGCAUCAAAACAGCAUCACCAGGCGCCACAUUGUGCAAGGAUCUCAGGUUGUAUCUCAGUAAGUGCUUCACGCCCGGCUCAGUGGACAGCCAACUUCAGCAGGUCAUCCGAGAGAACCUUUACCUCCGAGGUGUACCUUGUACAACAAGACCGCCCAGAGUUGGAGAAAUUUCUGGGAUCGAUUAUAACUUUGUCUCCAUCGAGGAGUUUUUUUCUCUGGAGGAAUCAGGAGCACUGCUUGAGAGUGGGAAGUUUAAAGGGAAUUACUACGGCACACCUCGGCCAGUCCACAUCAGCCCAGAGAGCCCCCCCAUCACCUACCAGGAACACCGCAACCUGCUCAGAAACUUUCGCACACGCAGCAAGUCGCUCAGCAGCCUGGAGAAAGCUGCGGCGGAAGUAGAAAAUGGCGAGGACGACCUGGGCCUCUCAGGCAAACAAUGCUCACCAAGUCGGCGGAGGGCAUCGAGUGUCAUCGAAAAUGGGAUGGUCUGCAAUAUGGGCGGAGCCAGAGGUAGAGGGAUGCUGCCGGACCACUGGGAGCAGGCGUUUAGUGAUCCAGGAGCGUGUCGCUACAAAGACCACAAGAGAACCAGCUGGCAGAGUCCUCGAGCUCCAAGCAGAGAGUCGAUCUACAAAAAUGAAUGGUUCACCGAGCACCCUGAGGAUCUUCGGGGUUUUCUUGUGCGCACACAUUUGAUCAAGGGCUCCAGGGGCUUUGGUUUUAAUAUUGUUGGAGGCAGCAAGCCAAGAGAGUUCCUGCAGGUCUACAGUGUGACUUCAAGUGGACCCUCAGCUCUCAAGACAGCGGACAUCUUGGUAUAUGUCAAUGACAUUUGUGUGUUGGGAAUGUCUCACAAAGAGGUGGUGGAAAUGCUCAAGUCAAUACAAGUGGGCCACAGUGUACAAAUAGCAGUCAGAAGAGGAUACCCCAUGCUAUACAACCAUGAAGGGUGUCUCAAGCAGUCCGCUCAAAGGUUACAAGACAGUGAAGACCCCAUCUUAUUGCCUACCACCUUCCAGCCUCAGUCUCUUCACCAAAUACCUCGACGCCUAACACCAACUCCCCAGACCCAUCACUUUAACGGCUUCCACAGCGAUUACAUGGAACCUGGCAUGAUCCUUGACGCUAAUGGAAAUGCCACUUCAUUAGCCAGCAGACAAUCCCCAUUCAAACGCUCCAGUUUGAGCAAUACUGCCUCUCCGCCGCCUAUGCACCCACCUCGCUCCCUGAAAAGUUUGGCCCGACUGCAGUCACUUGGUCCAACACUGGCAAGCCAGAGUGACAGUGAAGUGGUCUCUGCAAUUGGUUCACACAGGGCAUCAGUGAUACGUAAUCACAACAAUAACUCCCUGUCCACACAGCCCCAUCAUUUACGUUACAGUACAUCCAAGUCAUCUGAGAGUGACUUGUCAACCUAUACCUUGCCCGUGUCCCACCUGCCCCUGCCUCAGUCACCCAAGAGGCCCUCAUCCUCCCCAGGUGGGCAUCGCAGUGCUCACGUCCGCCUCUUCAGGCCAGAGUCCUCCCACCUCAGACCUCCAUUAACACCUGACAGCCCUCGGCACCGCAGCUUCAAUGGUUUUCAUAGCAACACCAGCAGUCCUAACAAGAUGUCAUCUCCUGGUGCAAUGAGUAUGGGUAGUGGACUUAGAGGAUUCAGCGGAGGGGAGUUGGUGCCGGUGGCUUUGGCCCAGAGUGAAGGAGACAGGGGCCUGGGGUUCAGCGUGAUGGCUGGCGGUCCUAGGUGCAGGAUGACCGUCGUGAGGAGAAUCUGGGAUAGGAAGCAGUGCAGUACUUUACAGCCAGGAGAUGCUAUUGUCAAAAUCAAUGGAGCUGAUGUUCAGAGUCUUAGUUUUUCUCAGGUACAAACAGUUCUUCAGGAACAUACCAAACAAGGAGAAGUCAUCCUGUUGGUUUUCAGGGGAGGCAUCUAUCAUUCAACUAUUUCCCCCAGCUCCGUUCGGAGACUUCCCCCUCCUCUGCUCCACCCUCCUCCCCCACCUGGUGGCUCAGAAAAUAACGUCAUGCUCAUCGAUUCCUUUGAUUCCUUACCCAUGCCCCGUACUUCAUUCAGUACCCCUCCAUCCCCGGCCCGGACAAAUUCUUCGCUAAUCCAGAGCACCAGUUUCUUGGAGUCAAUUCCGGUCACUCUGACUAUGGAGCCCAAAGACUGGAUCAAUACGGGUCUGGAGGAAGAUGCCGGCAGAGUUACAGAACCAGAUUCAGGUCUCGAAAUGCGAGAAGACGAAAGAGUCCGACCACUGAGAGGGUUUGAAGUUGAGUUGAAGAGAAAGCCAGGGGAAGGGUUUGGAUUUGUCAUCGCCUCCCAGGAUCUGGAGAACAAAAAAGCUGCAUCUCUCCUUCCCCACCGUUUUGUGACGGUACGCAGAGGUAGCCCAGCAUCUAAGAGCGGUCAGAUUCGGCCCGGAGAUCGAUUGGAGGCCGUAGAAGGACGCUCGGUAGUGACCCUUCCUCAUCGAGAGCUAGCUCAGAUCCUACGGCGUGCAGGAAACAGUUUGCGCCUCACCAUUGUCCCCCGGCCCAGCACCUAUUUAUCAGGGCUUUCGGAACCCACUGAGUAUGAUCCUGGUCACAGAAGCCGAAAGGGUCAGCGUUCACGACCGAAACGGGACUCCAGGUAUUACAGCCUCGACCUGGAUCGCGGCGCCUCUGGCUUUGGGUUCAGUCUCAGAGGGGGAAGUGAGUACAACAUGGGCCUCUAUGUCCUGGGACUAAUGGAGGGAGGGCCAGCCUCACAAAGCCAAAAGAUGCAGGUGAGUGACCAGCUUGUGGAGAUCAAUGGUGACAGCACAGCAGGGAUGACCCACAGUCAAGCUGUGGAGCAGAUCCGCAGAGGAGGCCAUCGUAUUCAUCUGGUCCUCAAGAGAGGAAAUGGAUACGUCCCUGACUAUGGCCGUAAACACAGAAUCACCUCCCCCUCCCACCUGCGUCACCCCCGGGAGCAGGGUAUGGCUGCAGUAAACUCUACCAGGCAGAGGGGGCGCCGCUCCAAGCAGAAGCGGAGAAGCAAGUCUUUGGACGCACGGGAGAAAGGAACAGGAAGGAGAAGAAGACAUUCAGGAGGUCGCUCGGGGUUACAUAGCCCCAACCUAGACCCGGUGGAGGAUGAGGGGGGUCAGCGAGAGAACCCUCGGAAAGUCAGGAGGAAGAAAAGAAAAUCUCAGAGUUUGCCCAAGGACGCCCUGUCGUUGUCUGAUAGUGAUGCUGAGAAAGUGACAGAAGGGGGCAGAAAAGGUGAGCGAGGAAGGAGCAGAGAGAGGCAGGGUAGGGGAGAAGAAGUACAGGAACGUCUACAGGUGGAGAGGCAGGAUGUUACUCCUGUAGAGGAAAGGGUCGCUGAGAAGGAGGAAGAAGUAAUGGAGGAAGUGAAUCUGGAGAGAGGAGACAGCUCGGAGGAUGUUGUGCUGUCAAUUCCUAGUCAUUCCAAAAAAAUUCCCCGGCCCAAAGAGAAGUCUGAGGAGGAGCAAAAUGAAAACUGGGAAGUGGCAGCAAGCUACCAUGAGAUGAAACACCUGCAGGGAUGGCUGGAUGAUGAAGAGGGUGAAGAUAGGCUCCUAGAGGUUGAGGAAGGUCAGAGAAGAGAUGAUGCACACAACAGACCUUUGUCAAGUGAUGCUGUGAUCCAUGCACAGAGGAAGCCAUUCUUCUUCCUCACUUCCUUGCUUUCUUUACAUCAACUGACGGAUGAUGAGUCAGAGUCCGGCGGCAGCCAAUCAGACGACAGUGUGUCCGCCGCCAGCAUCUCUGGCCUCUUUCUGGCCGCCGAAAAAGCCGGCGGGCGCAGGGCCGUGGUGCUGCCAGGUGGCUGGCUCAUGCCCAGCCAGCAGAGGGUGGCUCGUGACCUGGAUGAGAACUCUUUAAAGCAGACGGGGCAGGGUGGAGACUGGAACAGGAAGUAGAGAAGGCUGCAGCAGGGAUGUCAUUUGUCAUUUCUGCAACAAUCACCUUUCUUUUAGACUGAUGGAAUUUGUAUGUGUUAUUAAGACCAAUGCACUUAUCCAUUCUGCUUAGCAAUCCAGUUGUUUAUAUGUUGAGUAAUUGUGAGUGAGUGACUUUAGCAGUCUAUAAAUAACUAAAUGAAAGAAUAUUUGAGCAAGAUACAUUUCUAUUUUUAUUUCAAAGAAAAGAUGAGACUACAGACUAUUUGCCUUGAUGAGUGUGUUAGCUCAUUACAAUAUUUAUUUGCCAUUAAAUAUGAUGGACACAUUUCUCACUUGUGAGACGGCAUCUUUUUCUUUUUUUUCCCUAUCAUUCACAACCCUUAGGUAAGACAAGAACACAUAUGGUUUUCCUUUUUUUAAUGCAUUCUAACUGGUAAAUGUAUGCCAGCAAAAUUCUGCUUACAAUGAAGCCUAUGUGAGUCGCUCAAUUCUGCCUAUAAAGCUCCUAAAAAAAACUCUUAACACCUCCAAAGUUUGUAUACACACUGUAAGUCUUGUAGUAACAGACACACUCAUAAUAAAAUGUACUAUUGACAUAUUUUGCUUAUUUUAAGCACAUGUGGCGCAUUCAUUUUACAAACACAUCAGAAUGUUUGCUUUUUCCCUCGACAUCAUCGAGUACGACCUACUGCAGACUUCAUGAACGUCAACAAACAUAAUAUAACAUCACCUACAGUACAAUGCAUGCUGUCAUUAGGAUGCCAGCUGUUAGGAUGUUGAUAUAUUCUCAUUUAGGUAAUGAAUGACUCAUAAUUCUCGCAAAGGAAAAAAGAGGUGGUACUAAGCAUCGGAUUGUGUCUUUUUAGGAAUUUUCUGGGUGUAAAUUGGAUGCCAACGUUGACCAACUUGUCGGAUUAGGUCCUCAUCCAAGGUGAGAGGCUUUACUUAUUAACUUUCACGAGCUCCAAGGAGAGAAAGCCGCUCACCAGCUGAUGAUGUCAAUAUAGCAUUACAGGCGAGUUAGCUCUAUGUGAUCACGGCGCAGCUGAAAAAUAGUUUAUGUUAGCACUUAUAAUAACAAUAUCACUAAUUCUUGGUUAAUAUUCAGGUCGUAAAAUGUCGAUUAUGUAUUGUAGGCAGUUUUUGAAUGGUUAUUCAUUGUUAUGGGCGGAAUAAAGGACCUCCUAUUGGCUCCAUUGUAAGUUAACUUUUAUUUAUCUUUAUUUAAGAGAUAGAAUGCAUUUAAAAAAUAUAUAUAUCUGUCUUUCUUUCUGUCUUUCACAAGGAUGUGAAUAAUAGGUAAAAUUCCCCCCAAAAAUGCAGCUCUCCUUUUUUUGCCAUAUGUUUUUAACAAAUGUUUUGCAGAAAUAUAUGCGUCCCGAUUCCCAAGUUCGAAGUUAAGUUCAUUGUUCCUCUUUACAGCUGAUUUGUAGCUGAUGUUUCAAGUUGUAAAUGGCCGGGUUUUUUUUUCUUUUUUGUCUGUCACUGUUGCCCUCAUUAUUGUUGCACUUCUAUCUAUAGUGAAUUCUAUUUGAUUCAUUUGUGGUAUCGUUUGAAAAUUAUUUAAACACCAAAUCAAACACUAAACGCUGACCAUUACUUUUUUAUAAUUGGCAUCUAUUCAACAAUACAAUAUUUACCCAUGCGGCUGGACAGGACAGGUUUAAAUCAAUAAAAAAAAAAACAACUUAAAAUUGGCAUUAUAAAUACUCUUACUUUUGUCAAGUGGGUCUAUAUCGCGACUGUCUCUCUGCAAGUCACUGGUGUGUGUGUGUGAGUGACAGGAAAAUAAGUUCCAACUCGGUUGGUGCCACAAAAUGUGCACAAAACAAUGGCUUCUUUAGAAGUAAAAUGAAACAGAUAAAAGGGAUUAACCGAAUCAAUUAAGCGUUUAAUUGGCCCAGUAAAAGCCCAAAACGAAUCAAAUUAAAAAAUUUGAGGGGUGGUCUAAAGGUGGUAACAAUGUGGCAGAUUAGAAGUGCUAAAUAUAUCCAUGUGCCAUAGACCUUCUGUAUAGGGAAAGGUGCUUCAAUUCGACACUUAUAGAUGUACACACAAUUCUGCUGCCGUGUUAUUUUGAUUUUUUGAGUUUAUUUUCAACCGAGCUGUACAGAUAGUUUAAUCUCAACCACAUCACAAAAAACUUUUUUUGUAUUAUAGGUAUCUCACAUUCCUUGAUGUAAUUUGCUUUCCAUCUGUUAUUUUCUCCUACUAUACAAAGCCUGCAUAAACGUUUCACGUAUACCUCGUGAAGAUGCCAAGCAAUACCAUUGAAUAACUGUCAGCCAUCUGUUUGUGUGUCAGUCUGCUCUGUGCUGUGCAGACACUACUAUAUUGUUGUAUAUCUGUGAUCAUGCGAAUACCCUUUAUAUCGCAGCUGUGAUAUUCUACAGCCAUGUACUGUAUACACCAGUUUAUUCUGUAAAUGUUUGUUAAGCAGUUUAUGUGUAUAUACUUAUAUAUACUUCACAGGACAGCUAUCCACUGAUAUUAUUUGUUGCGUGAUAAAACAAUAGGAUACAUAUAAAUGUGUGUGUGUGUGUGUGCGUGCGUGCAUAUAUGUAUAUAUAUAUAUAUAUAUAUAUAUAUAUAUAUAUUCUGUAUAUAUAUAUACUGUUUGUAUAUAUAUAUACAUAUAUAUAUGUAUAUGCAAACCCUGUUUCCAUAUGAGUUGGGAAAUUGUGUUGGAUGUAAAUAUAAACGGAAUACAAUGAUUUGCAAAUCCUUUUCAGCCCAUAUCCAAUUGAAUGCACUACAAAGACAAUAUAUUUGAUGUUCAAACUCAUAAACUUUAUUUUUUUGCAAAUAAUAAAUACUUAGAAUUUCAUGGCUGCAACACGUGCCAAAGUAGUUGGGAAAGGGCAUGUUCACCACUGUUUUACAAUACCUUUUCUUUUAAGAACACUCAAUAAACGUUUGGGAACUGAGGAAACUAAUUGUUGAAGCUUUGAAAGUGGAAUUAUUUCCCGUUCUUGUUUAAUGUAGACCUUCAGUCGUUCAACAGUCAGGGGUCUCCGCUGUCGUAUUUUACGCUUCAUAAUGCGCCACACAUUUUCGAUGGGGGGCAGGUCUGGACUGCAGGAGGGCCAGGAAAGUACCCACACUCUUUUUUUACGAAGCCAUGCUGUUGUAACACUUGUCUUGCUGAAAUAAGCAGGGGCGUCCAUGAUAAAAUUGCUUGGAUGACAACAUAUGUUGCUCCAAAACCUGUAUGGACCUUUCAGCAUUAAUGGUGCCUUCACAGAUGUGUAAGUUACCCAUGCCUUGGGCACUAAUACACCCCCAUACCAUCACAGAUGCUGGCUUUUGAACUGUGCGCCUAUAACAAUCCGAAUGGUUAUUUUCCUCUUUGUUCUGGAGGACACAACAUCCUCUGUUUCCAAAUAUAAUUUGAAAUGUGGACUUGUCGGACCACAGAACACUUUUCCACUUUGCAUCAGUCUAUCUUAGAUGAGCUCAGGCCCAGCCAAGCCGGCGGCGUUUCAGGAUAUUGUUGAUAAAUGGGUUUGGCUUUGCAUAGUAGAGCUUUAACUUGCACUUACAGAAUGUAGCGACCAACUGUAGUUACUGACAGUGGUUUUCUGAAGUGUUCCUGAGCCCAUGUGGUGAUAUCCUUUACACACUGAUGUCGGUUUUUGAUGCAGUACCUCCUGUAAUAUCAUUGCUUAUUGCAGUGAUUUCUCCAGAUUCUCUGAACUUUUUGAUGAUUUUACGGACCGUAGAUGGUAAAAUCCCUAAAUUCCUUGCAAUAGCUCGUUGAGAAAUGUUGUUCUAAAACUGUUUGACAAUUUGCUUACAAAGUGGUGACCCUCACCCCAUCCUUGUUUGUGAAUUACUUAGCAUUUCAUGGAAGAUGCUUUUAUACACAAUCAUGGCACCCACCUGUUCACAAUUAGCCUGCACACCUGUCUUUGAUGAGCAUUCCUCAACUUUUUCAGUAUUUAUUGCCACCUUUCCCAACUUCUUUGUCACGUGUUGCUGGCAUCAAACUCUAAAGUUAGUGAUUAUUUGCAAAAAAAAAAUGUUUAUCAGUUUGAACAUCAAGUAUGUUGUCUUUGUAGCAUAUACAACUGAAUAUUGGUUGAAAAUGAUUUGCAAAUCAUUGUAUUCCGUUUAUAUUUACAUCAAACACAAUUUCCCAACUCAUAUGGAAACGGGGUUAUAUCCAUCCAUUUUCUACCACUUAUUCUCUUUGGGGUUGCGGGGGGCGCUGGUGUUAUGUAGAACAUAAUGUUAUGGCUUUCUUGAAUUUUCAAUAAUUUCUACAACUCCAAUUUUUUUUGUGAUAAAGUCAUUGGAGCACAUACUUAUUGGUCACAAAAAACAUUCCUGAAGUUUGGUUCUUUUAUGAAUGUAUUAUGGGUCUACUGAAAAUGUGACCAAAUCUGCUGAGUCAAAAGUAUACAUAUAGCAAUAUUUGGUUACAUGUCCCUUGGCAAGUUUCACUGCAAUAAGGCGCUUUUGGUAGCCACCCACAAGCCUCUGGUUGAAUUUUUGACCACUCCUCUUGACAAAAUUGGUGCAGUUCAGCUAAAUUUGUUGGUUUUCUGACAUGAACUUGUUUUUUCAGCAUUGUCCCAAAGUCAGGACAUUGGGAACGCUAUUCUAAAACUUUAAUUGUAGCCUAAUUUAGCCAUUCCUUUACCACUUUUGAUGUGUGUUUGGGGUCAUUGUCCUGUUGGAACACCCAACUGCGCUCAAGACCCAACCUCCGGGCUGAUGAUUUUAAGUUCUCCUGAAGAAUUUGGAGGUAAUCCUCCUUUAUCAUUGUCCCAUUUACUUUCUGUAAAGCACCAGUUCCAUUGUCAGCAAAACAGGCCCAGAGCAUAAUACUACCACCACCAUGCUUGACCGUGGGAAUGGUGUUCCCGGGAUUAAAGCCCUCACCUUUCUUCCUCCAAACAUAUUGCUGGGUAUUGUGGCCAAACAGCUCAAUUUUUGUAUAUACAUACAUACAAAUGUGCGUGUGUGUGUGUGUGUGUGUGUGUGUGUGCAGUGUAUGUGUGUGUGUGUGUGUGUGUGUGUGUGUGUGUGUGUGUGCAGUGUAUAGCUCCUGUGAAGGACCUCAAUUUAAACCCCAGAUUUGAGGAUACCAGCCCUGUUUGUUCAUGAAUGUUUGGAAUAUGCUGCCUGGCUGUGAAUUAGGAUGCACACUUUGUACCAGAAAUCAGUGUGAAAUGCCAAAAGUAAGCAGCAGGUGUAUACAUUUCAAGCAUUGACAGUGAUGUGCCCUUUGUGCCACGUACAGUUGCCUUGGCAAUAUAAAAUGUUUUAUCCUGACCUGAUCUGUCUUACUAUGGAAUUCCUAGAGUGGAGGUGGUAACUUCUGUCAGGCUAAAUACGGCCCUCACAGUGUAAAUUACUGGGAAAUCAUUCAUGAGCCUCACUGUUGUGUCUGAGAUGGAUUUAUUUUGUUUUUAAUUGUGUUACGGCAAUACAAAAAACUAGGUUGACGAGAUACGGUGAGAUAUUAUUUUUCUAUGAAAUUAUCUUUUUUGAAUUACUCAGGUUUUCAGAUACUUUAUAAGCCAUUCGGGAAGGAGAGUGACAGAUUUCAAUAACAUAAAUUAUUAUAUAAUUUAUGAAGAGGCGAUUUAUGUACAACAUCUGGAGGUACUGACUGUUAUUUUUUUCUGGGAGAAAAACAUCAAUACAUUCCUGGAUUAGUUCUCAACAUGGCUAAAGCUGAAAGAGUGUGCUGUGUAUAGUGGGAGCAUACUGCCAAUGUCCAUGCAGUGUCACUCCACUUUUAUAAGCAAUGCUAUUUUUUGGGGGGCUGUUAUUCCCCAAAGGAGAUUAUAUGUCUGAACUGUCAACACAUUCUAAUAAAAGUGCAAAUAAGCUGCUGAACCAA